ACGCCACCUGCGCCGGCCGGAGCGCGCGCCGCCCCGAGCAUCCCCAGCCCGCCGGCCACCCGCAUUCCCCCCACCUCCAGCCCCACCUCCCCUCCCCCCAUCUCCUCCCUCCGCUCCGGUGACUGCUCGCCGGGCGGCGGGGCCGGAGUCGUCGCAGCCACCUCAUUGCACAACUCGGCUUCCCAACUGUUUACACAGCCCGGCCUGUGAGUGUGUGUGUAUACAGCGUGAGUCACCGGGAGGCGGAGGAGGUGGAGGCAAAGGAGGAGGAGUGCGCUGGUCGGGAUCGGUGCGGCGCACACACUCACUCACACUCGGUCACUCUCUCCGAGCGCGUCUCGCUCGCGCUCACACACGCUCGGAGCCCCGGAGCGCGCAGGAUCCCGAGCGCCGCGGAGAAGUUGCUCCGGCUUCUGCUCGAGACUAGUUGCUUUGGAAAGUGCAUUUGCUCCGCUGCCCCGCCGAGCCUGCGGAAUCCUGUCCUCGCGGCUUGGGACCCCGGAACGCAGGCCGCCGCCGCCUCUGCCCUCCGGGACUGUCGGCUGCCCCGGCAACAAUAGCGGCGGCCGCUCCCAGCGAGGUGCUCCGAGCUGGUGCCCGCGGGCGUCCGGGGACUCGAGCCGGCCUCCGCCCCCCGGACGCGCGGUCAGCGUGGUCCCCGCGUGCAACGCGAGCGCCGGCGAGCGGCUCCUGCUUUGACCCCCGUGGGGGCCGAGCCAAGCCCCGUCUGCAAACUCCAUCCUGCGGGCUGGAAGGAGUCGCGGCGCCGGACCCGAGCCCGCAGCGCCUUCCCGCGCGGAUCCGGGGACGUACAAAGCCGGGGCCGCCCCGGCCCGGGACGGGAUGCGGGCCGGUCCCGUGCGCUCUGCCAUGAGCGGCGCCUCGCAGCCCCGUGGCCCGACCCUGCUGCUCCCGGCCGCCCGGGGCGUUCCGGCCAAGCGCCUGCUGGACGCGGACGACGCGGCGGCCGUGGCGGCCAAGUGCCCGCGCCUCUCCGAGUGCUCGAGUCCCCCGGACUACCUCAGCCCCCCCGGCUCGCCCUGCAGCCCGCAGCCCCCGCCUGCCGCGCCGGGAGCCGGCAGCGGCUCCGGGAGCGCGCCGGGGCCCAGCCGCAUCGCCGACUACCUGCUGCUGCCCCUAGCCGAGCGCGAGCAUGUGUCCCGGGCGCUGUGCAUCCACACCGGCCGCGAGCUGCGCUGCAAGGUGUUUCCCAUUAAACACUACCAGGACAAAAUCCGGCCUUACAUCCAGCUGCCAUCACACAGAAACAUUACUGGCAUCGUGGAAGUGAUCCUUGGGGAAACCAAGGCCUAUGUCUUCUUUGAGAAGGACUUUGGGGACAUGCACUCCUAUGUGCGAAGCCGGAAGAGGCUGAGGGAAGAGGAGGCUGCCCGGCUCUUCAAGCAGAUCGUCUCUGCUGUUGCCCACUGCCAUCAGUCGGCCAUCGUGUUAGGGGAUCUGAAGCUUAGGAAAUUCGUCUUCUCCACGGAGGAGAGAACCCAGCUCAGACUGGAAAGUCUAGAAGACACACACAUAAUCAAGGGAGAAGAUGAUGCUUUGUCAGACAAACACGGCUGCCCAGCCUACGUGAGCCCCGAGAUUCUCAACACCACAGGGACCUACUCUGGAAAGGCUGCGGAUGUUUGGAGCCUCGGGGUGAUGCUCUACACCCUUUUGGUUGGACGGUACCCCUUCCAUGACUCAGACCCCAGUGCCCUUUUCUCCAAAAUCCGACGUGGACAGUUCUGCAUUCCCGACCAUAUUUCCCCAAAAGCCAGGUGCCUCAUUCGAAGCCUCCUGAGACGGGAGCCUUUGGAGAGACUCACUGCUCCCGAGAUCUUACUCCAUCCCUGGUUUGAGUCUGUCUUGGAACCUGGAUAUGUCGACUCAGAAAUAGGAACUUCAGAUCAGAUUGUUCCAGAGUACCAGGAGGACAGUGACAUUAGUUCCUUCUUCUGCUAAUCCCAAAAACCUCAGAAACCUCAUAAUUCUCACACAUGGCAUUUCCAUUUCUAAAGAUGGACAGGCCUUUUGGCGUGGUGCCAACCAGAUAAAUGACUGCGUCAGAUUGUAGUGGCUGAACUCAACGUGGUGUCUCCUGUUGUUUGUGGAGAUGAGUGACUAUCGAUUUGAGCAGCAUACACUCUGAUUGGCUGCCCUGCAAACUUGUUUCCCUUCUUAAUGAACCCUUGGCAACUAUCCCUUUGUCAGAUUUGGGGGAUUCCACAUCUUUUAUAGGUGGCAAAGAGUACGGACAUCCUAUACCACGCGGUUAAGCAUAAUGAACUUGAACAUUGGAAUGGUAGAGGAAGCAAAUUUCACAAUGGCAUUUUGGGCAAUAACCGUAUUUUAACAAGUUGACAAAUAAUUUGGGCCAAUAAACCUGCCAUCUUUGAACUCCGUUUUGGUAGCUGGACUUGCUACCACAGCUUCUCUGAUCAGAAAAUUCUUUAUUUUGGUUUGUUUUAACACUCAUGUUUUCUUCACACUCACAUUUACCAAUGACUCUGCUCUGUUUUUGGAGCAGACUGUUUUAGGAACUCAGGAGCUUGCCUGAACCACGAACCCAGACUCUCCUCCAUUUCCUGCCAAGACCUCCUAUGCACUAAUGCCUUCUCCUUGACCUUGAAACUUUCCCCUUUUAGUUGUAAAAGCACCUACCAGCUAACCGUGGAAGAGUAUCACAAAAGAUUUGAACUCAUGGCUAAUUCAGAACUCUGAGCUCAGACAGAGAGAUUUUUAAAAAUAAUUUGAGCACUUGGAAACUAUUAGCUUUUAGGUUUGCCCCAAAUAUGCUAGCACUUAUCUUUUAUUUUUUUUCCAAGACCAUCUCAGGGUGGAACAUUUUGUCUAGGAGGAGAAAGGUGAGGAGACUCUCUACCCCCGUCUCCCAACAGCAAAUGUUAAUCAUCUUUUUACUUUGAAGAAAGUGAAUUUUGGGUAGUCUUAGAAGAUUCUCAGGCUAACUUCCAGAAUUACACUCUAACCCCUCACGAAUAUGGACUGCCUGUAACAUUGUGUGUGUGUCUGCAGUUUUGCAUGAUGGGUGGUUCAUAUUUCAAAUGUGCUGUGGUUUAUGAAUACAUCUGUGUAAUUGGCUUCUGGAGUGAAAUAGCAAGCCCCAAAUCUUUAAAGUUGGAAGGGACUUUAAAAAAUCAUCCAGUCCAACCUCUUUCCUCUUUCCGCCACCUCCCAACACAGGGAACCCCCUUCAGCAGCUUGUUUUCUAAGUGAGAACCCAGCAUCUGUUUGAAUGCUUCUAGAGAUGGGAACUCACGCUCUACAAAAGACAGGCUUAAUGGAGAAACUUCAACUUGCAUUAAAAAAACAAUUACAGAUGAAAUAUCAGUAACUGUCAUGGACAGUACUGAAAUCAGGUGGUUAAACGGGUAAACAAAACAUACUGUAUUCUGAGAAAUCACACAAAAAUAGGCAGUCAUCUUCAAGGGCUACGCCUAGGCAAACUGCUAACAUGCAUUGUGAGAAUGCCGUGUAUACCUCACGUACUGUGUACUUUGUACAUACAUUUUACCUUUUAUACAGAUGUCUGAUUUUUUUUUGUCAUUUUGGCUCUGAGGCUUGUUUUGUUGUCUGUGUCUGUCUGAAUAACCUGCGUGUCUAAGACCACGUGAAAUGUGAAUGAUUAUUGGCAAUAUUACCUUGACAGAAUCAUGGGACUUGGAAAGGAGGGGGGACAGAGAUCUCUGUAGCACUAACGCUCUCGUGGUUGCUCGACUGUUGUAUCUGUGAUACGUGAUCCGGCUAAGGACUCUGGGCUGGCAGGGGCUGCUGCCAGGAAAGCUAGAAACACUAGAUCCUUCCUGUACAUGUGUACAUAUGUGAACAGUGAGACGGCUGUUUCUGACUUGUAGAGAAAUUUUAAUAAAUCUGGUUUCAUAAA